AUGGAAGGUCCACGCGUUGUGUUCUUGGUCGUCCUUCUCCUGUUCAUCUUUCUAACUCCCGAUCAACCAGGCCGCCGCCAUCUGCAGGUUGACACGGAACGGAUUGAACGACAACGUCAGGCGGAACUGGAAAUCUUGACCAACUCUACCUAUGGUCAAAUCAAUCCCCAGUCGGACAGCUGGCUGAAUCUGACUGGAUUCCGCCAUGACGAUGGGUACCGGUGGGAAUUGCUUGCCACGGCCCAAGACGUGAGUCGGAAACAGUACGACCGCGCCUGGAAGGGCGUUGAUCGCAAGCAAGCACCACCGAUUUAUGAUCGGCUUAGUGGUGAAGUCCGGGGGAAGUUCUCCAGGAAAGAUGUCUCACUUCCGCCACCCGUGGUCAAUUUGACCCUCCUGGAUCCGACCAAGGAAUAUAUGUCCUCCAGCUUCGAGAGGAAUAUCACGGAACAGGAAGGCGAGCUCAGCCUAUCGAUCUUCGAUUCAUCUGAUCGCAAGAGUGGCAACGCCUCCACCAUUCGGGCUGAUCUUUCAAUGUGGACCAAAUCUUCUCCUGGCAACGGGUGGCAGGCCCGAGUCCUGGGAGUACAUCUACCGUCAGGCCAGAUCGUCAUGUCGACGGCCAGCUCCAAGUUCAACGCUCUCUUCGCACUUCCGCAUUUCACAUUGGACGUCGAAAGCUUUAACGCUUCCAGGAAGGUUAUGAACGAGACCGUACAGCAGAUAUGGGAGAAAAAUUUCGAAGAUCAAGUCGACGGCUUAGCCUUUGCACCUCGAUGCGAACUCAUAGUAUGGUUGCAACCACUGCCGAAUUUGCCAGGACCCGUGGAUCCCGCCGACGCAAAACGCUUUCUUCGCCAGGUUGAACAAGAGCUAGAGCACCCUGAAGGUGCCCCCAUUGGCCAACCACCACCACUGAGCUUCUCCGCAGUCGUCUUUUCGCCGGACUGUGGUUACCUCCUGGAGUCUGAUGUUGUCUUCGGUCCCAAAAUCGAGGCGUAUUGGACGCUUGCACAACGGUUGUUGUUCUCCUUCAUCAUGGUACUCGGGCUCCAAACAGCUCUGCUAAAGCGCCAAAUGGACAAGGCCGCGACACCAUCCACACGGAGCCGCAUUGCCUAUCAGAGCAUUGUCAUUGCCGCUCUAGGCGACGGGCUAUUUUUGUUUGCUCUCAUUGCACUUCUUAUGAUUGAUGAAGCCGCCUUUUUGAUGGUUGCUGCCGCGGCGUUCCUGGCUUGCAUCCAUGUGGCCUUUCUCGAAGUCAAGUUUAUUUUCGACAUCUGGACCGUUCAGGUUGGCGAUCCAGCACGCGCAGAGCAUGAGAGACAGAGAAGGGCCGGAACAACUACAGCUACUGUCCCGACUCCAACUCCAGCCCCUGCUUCAGCCUCAACAAACAGACCGGCCACAGCGGACGAACUACCACUUCCUGCCACUGCAACACGGCCUGACGGUGUCAUGCCGAUCAUCAUGCCCUCGGACCAGGACAACCCUGGUCCAGCGGAGAUUCCCAGCACCCGGACUUCAUUUGCGGCCAUCUACAGCCGGUUUUAUUUCUCCCUUGUCAUGCUCAUGUUCUUCUCAUUGUGGGCAAUGUCUUGGCCCCGACCUCUUCGUUCGGCUUAUGCGAACCUGCUUGUCUUUUGCUACUUCUCAUUCUGGUGGCCACAAAUCUACCGCAAUACCAUGCGGAACUGCCGCAAAGCACUGCUGUGGGAGUAUGUCUGUGGGACGAGCCUGCUCCGCACAGUUCCCAUUCUAUACUGGUACUUUGCAGAUAACAACAUCCUCUCCGUUGACACUAGUCCGAGCACAGCCCUGGUGCUGCUGGGAUGGCUAUGGCUCCAAGUCUUGAUACUCGUGAGUCAGCGAUUCCUGGGACCACGUCUCCUUGUUCCCGAGUCGUGGUGUCCUCCAGCCUACGACUACCAUCCGGUCCUUCGCGAAGAUGACGUCGAGGCAAAUGGAAUGUCUAUCGGCCUUCUAGCCUCGGCCUCGGAAGCAAAGGACAAAGACAACAAGACGCGUAAGGUUUUCGACUGUGCCAUCUGCAUGAACGAGAUUGACGUGCCGGUGGUGUCGAAGAAUGACGGUGGUCGACCUGGGGUCGUGGGAAGGGGCGCCGGCGCGUCCUGGCUCGAACAGGGCAAUUACAUGGUCACCCCUUGUCGGCAUAUCUUCCAUGCAGAGUGUCUGGAAAGCUGGAUGAAUCUGAGACUGGUUUGCCCAGUGUGUCGGGAAGCUUUGCCGCCAGUAUAG